AUGGACGAUAUAGCCCAUUCUCCAGUUCAUCUGCAGGCCGUUUCAUCAGCCCCAGUCUCCUCCAGACACGCCCUUUCUCGUGUCAAAGGAUUCCUGGACGAUUUUCAAGCCCGCAGUACACCCUCCAAGGGUAGUGAUACUUCAAUCACUGCCCAACUUCAGAAACUGAGCAAAGCGCUCGAACAGGAGUGCAUCCGACAAUCAAAAUGA